AUUUUAAAAAAAUAAAUAGAAAAAUAUGAUAAAAAAUAUUUUAAAAAAUUCUUUCAUCUUCAAAAAAUCAAAUCUCCAAUUUUAGUGUCCCAUGAGACUGCAUUUUGUUCGAGUUCGGUGUUGGUUCGUCAAGUCUACGUAUGAGUCGAGUUCUAUUGAAAAAAAUUCUACUUAAAAAAUAUCCAGAGACAGCGAACGUUCCGAAUUUCAAUGUAACCAGAUUCGCCGAAGGACUCUCUGAUGCCAUCAAAUCGGAAAAACUGAAACUGAGAAUUGGCCAAGUUGAGCAUGCCAGAAAUCUUAUACUGCGCUUGAAAUCCAAGUUUGGUCCUAAUACUUUAUGCGAACUGGAAAAGAUAGAUUUGGUUCAUGAGGAAAAACUGCUUGCAGGUGAAAAUCGUGACGACGGAAACGAUGAAUGGGAAGAUUCCAUUUUUGAACGAGAUGUCACGUCGGCUAAUCGUAUCAGAGUAGCCAAGGCGCUGAAGAACGAUAUUGAAAGACUUUUUCCUUUAAUCACUCCGACAGAAGAAAGAAUCCUACGAGCUGAAGUUUUGUUGGGGUUUCUUAGCAUUUCCAUAAGUAAAAUGAAAAAAUGGAUUUAAAAUGGAGAAGGAGAUCGUAUUAUGUAGAAACACAUCGUCGAUAUUGCAGGUCGAAUUCCAACAUUAUGGCAACAAUGGUAAUCUAAUCCUAAUCUUGGUUUGAAAAAUUUAUUGAUAAAAACUUCAAUUCUUCCUGAGGCGUUCUUUCUAUCGAUGUUCGACGAUCAGUGUGAGCAUGAGUCGAGUUUUGUUUAAGAAAAUGAUGCUUAAAAAAUAUCCAGAGAUAGCGAACGUUCCGAAUUUCAAUGUAACCAGAUUCGCCCGAGGACUCUCUGAUUUCAUUAAAUCAGAAAAACAAAAACUGAAAAUUUUCCGAGUUGAGGGUGUCAGAGAUCUUAUACUGCACGUGAAAUCCAAGUUCGGUCCUAAUACGUUAUGCGAACUGGAAGAGAUCGAUUUGCUUCGUGAGGAAAAAGUGCUUGCAGGUCAAAAUCAAGACGACGAAAACGGUGUAUUGGAAGAGGAAAUUGGGGAACGAGAUGUCACGUCGGCUAAUCUUAUCAGAAUAGCCAGAGCGUUGAAAAACGAUAUUGAAAGACUUUUUCCUUUAAUCACACCGACAGAAGAAAGAAUCUUUCAAGCUACAAUGUUGUUGGGGCUUUUAAACUUAUCCAAAAGUAAACUGAAAAAAUGGAGUUGAAAUGAAGGAGAUCGUAUUAUGUAUAUAGUAUUAUUACGUUUUAAUAAUUUGCUCGAUAUGUGUUCUUGAUGUUAUCGAAUAUACUUUUUCGUUAGUUU